AUGGUCAGCGAAUCGCUUCUUACUCCUUCCCCGCUCAUACCUAAAUCUCGACCGGAAAUUAUUCAAUCGCUUAUCGACGGUGUAGAUCGGUAUAAUCCAGACAAUGUUUCGAUUCUGGAGGAAUAUCUUGGUACACAGUUGCAAGCUGAAGAGUAUGACUUGAUGGCAAACUUGGCAAUCCUAAAAUUAUAUCAAUUCAACCCUCACUUGGUUAAUGAACCCGUCAUCAUCAACAUUCUCGUCAAAUCACUCACAGCCAUACCCAACCCCGAUUUUAAUUUAUGUCUGUAUUUACUGCACGAGUCACUUGUAUCCUCUGAUUUUCUCCUCGUCGAUGAGAAUGUGGCCAGGUUAAUUGAAUUACAGCAAUACCUGGAACAAGCAAGAUACCAAGAAUUUUGGAAAGUCUAUGAGUCUGAUGAAACUUACAAAGAACUUACCGUCGAGGCGACAGGAUUCGAGGAUGCGAUACGUAAAGGUAGUAAUAGUAUUGAGGUUUUCUUCUUCCUGAUGUCAUCAUACGUGAGGUAUACUCAGAAAACGCGAUCUUCAAUAGUAAUAUUGACGGCAAUCUCUAUGACGUACCAAAGUAUUUCGGCUGAUCUGUUAGGCGCUUAUCUCAAUCUUGACUCUGAGGACAAAGAAUUUGAAUCUUUUAUCCAAAGCCGAGGUCUUACUCAUAAAGAUGGAGUUGUUUUAUUCCCAACAAAUCAUGAUAAUGAAGCAAAGCCGACGGUGAUCAGGGAGAACAUUAAAUUUGAACGUCUGUAUUAA